AUGGCUGACCAGGUCGAGAGCCUCAUCGACGUCCCCCGGGAGUUCGUCAAGGAGGGCAUCCAGUUCAUGAACAAGUGCCAGAAGCCUGAUCGCAAAGAAUUCAUCAAAAUCUCGCAGGCCAUUGCCAUGGGCUUCGUCGCCAUGGGCACCGUCGGCUACCUCGUCAAGCUGAUCCACAUUCCCAUCAACAACAUCCUCGUCGCUGGCGCGUAA